AUGCCGACCACGAGCGAUAAACUCCGCACCGGCGGACCAGCCAAACAGGAGAUAAUGGACGGAGGGACCACGGCCGACGACAGCAGCGCAGACGAAAUCGAAACUGUCCGAGGGACCCCCCGAACACGACGCCGGGGUACCUUCUCGGACACCGCCGCACUACUCGAUACCGUCCGCAAGUGGGGUGCCAACCAGGCGCUACUCUGGUAUCGCAACAACCGGGACGACUGGAGGAGCUGGGCAGACUUUGAGAAGGAUUUCCGGCGAUACUUCGUGCCCACCAGGACCCGCUUCGAACUAGAGGCCGAAAUCGCCCGCCGAACUCAGGGGCCGAACGAGACCGCACGGGAGUACGUGACGGCACUCCAGACUUUGAUGCGCCGCCACGGAGGGAUAACCCCGGAGGACCGCCUGGAGCGCAUCUAUCAUAACUUGCGGCCGGAAUACCACCUAUAUGCGCGCCGCAAUGAUUUCCUCGACCUCCCGGGACUACUGCGGCUCACCGAUGACUACGAGCGCGCCAGGCGUUAUGAACGGGAAUAUCAACCACCAAAGGGCAGGGAGAAGCCGAAGACCGCCGCCGCCGCCAUCAUCCCUGCAUACGACUCCCUGCGGGAAGGAGAGGGUACUCACCCGGAAUUGCCACGGCACGCCGGGAAACGCCAAGCAGACCGAGGAGAACGAGGGGGCCCCCCGGUCUACCGCCAGCCCGGACACCGGCGCGUAAGAGCCCAGCUGCCGAGCAUCAGCCCCCGAAAUGAAACAACCGAUCCGCGACCAUGGGGAACGAUCGAGAUCGCCGGGCAGCAACACGACGCCCUGCUGGAUUGCGGCGCAAUCCUUUCCUACGUGGCCGAGGAUACCGCCGAACGUAUACGACCGUACGCCCAAGUCCGCCGCAUCGCCGCCGCCGUGCAACUGGCCGAUGGACGAACCGGCCGAAUCGACGAGGAAAUGCGCGUCCAAAUACGCCUGGGGCGCUACCGCGGACUACAGACCUUCCACGUGCUGCCAGGGCUGACCUCCACCGUUAUCGCCGGCGUCCACCUGCUGCGCAAAGCCGGGUUCCGCUGGAGCCUCCCUACCAUCGCCGCCUUACGACCCGCCGAGACAUCUACCGCUGAGCCAACCGCCGGACUCACCGCCUGCUCCGAUGAACAAAACAUGGAACUACAAGCGCUGCUGGACGAGUUCUUGCCGAAAUUCACACAACUAAGGGGCACCACGCCGCUUACCGAACACCGCAUCCGCCUAAAAAGUGACCAGGAACCAAUACGGCAGCGAUACCGAACGUUUAACCCCGCUCUACAGGGAAUCAUUGAGAAAGAGAUCGACGAGAUGCUGCACGAAGGACACAUCGAGCCUACCAGCAGUCCCUGGAACUCCGGCGUGGUCUUGGCGAAGAAGAAAGACGGACGGUACCGCUUCUGCAUUGACUUCCGUAAGGUCAACGAAGUCACGGUACGAGAUGCCUACCCGCUACCACCAGUGCAACACAUUCUCGACCAACUACGAGAAGCCCGUUUCUUAUCAACCAUCGAUCUCAAGAACGGCUACUGGCAAGUCGCCCUGCACCCGGACAACAAUGAUACUGUUUUAUGUCUACCUUAA